UUCUUCAGUUAACUUGUAAUGGCUAAGGCAAAUUGUCUACUCGUUGUGUGGUGUAUCGUUAUUAUAACUCGGAGUUCGCCUCUUGGUUUAGAUAAUAAAUCCUUAUCGGAGGUAGCACUUUAUAUAAUUCGAGAACACAUUAGCAACUUGACAUCAACUAUUUUAUUAUCUGAACAUAGUAAAACGCCUGAAACAGCAGACACAAAUACUGAUCUAUUGAAUUUUAUUCUUCAAAAUCUUCAAGGAAAAACUGCUAUUGAAUUUUACCUGAACGGCUACUCUGGUCAGCCUUUGGAGUACUUCGUGUUCAUUGUGGAUUCUCUAGAGGCUUUUAAGGAUCUCUUUAUACUAUUCAAGGACACUCCCUAUGAACGACACUUUCGUUUCUUAAUAAUUUUAACAAAUCAAAAAUCAGACUUUUACAAAGCCAUGGAAGAAAUUUUUGUAAUUUGCUAUAACUUUGACGUCAUCGAUGCAAACAUUUUAACAGCUCACCCAACAAAAGGUGUCCAUAUGUUCACUUAUUAUUUGUUCUCUGAAGAAAUGUGUCGUCGUUGUGUACCAAUACUUUUGUACAAUUUCAAUGAAGGCUUUGACAAUUUAGGACCUAUUUUUCCAAGGAAACUGACAAAUUUUCACGGAUGUCCAUUUAAGGUUGCAGCCCGUAGUUAUCCUCCAUAUUUCACAUUUGUUGGCAAUACAAGUCAUCCAAAGGCGAUAGGAGAUUGGGAAAAUAUUUCUGGUAUUGAAGGACAUUUGUUAAAGUCUCUAGCCGAAACAUUGAACUUUACGAUUGACUUGCAACCGUUUCGAAAUGAACGAAGCUAUGUUAAAGACAACCAAUCUUAUGGAUGUUUGCAAAUGUUGGAAAGAGGUGAAGCAGAUAUUGCAGUUGGUGGAUUUGUUGAUUCAAAUAAUGAAAGAUGGCUUUUUUCUCCAACUGGCUCAUAUCAUAGAUCUUCGUAUUUGUUUGCAGUUCGAGGCAAAAAUAUGAUUGAUUCACUGGGUCGUCUUGGCAAACCAUUUUCCACUGAUGUUUGGAUUCUUGUGGCGAGUUUUUUCAUCCUCAUUAUACUCUUUCUAUCAGUCUUGAAAUUAGUCAAACAAAAAGUUCAUCAAUUUGUCUUUGGAGAACAGGAUCAAAAUCCAGUUACAAAUUUUAUUGCUAUUUUUCUAGGCUAUCCAAUUCGUCAAACACCUCGUCGCAAUUUCGCCAGAUACAUCUUCUUACAAUUCCUUCUUCUCACUCUUGUCUUGCGCAAUGCUUAUCAAGGAUCAAUGUAUGACGCAUUUCGUAUGGAUAAAUUCGUUUGGACUCCAUUAGGAUAUCAAGACCUUUAUAAAUGGAAUUAUACAAUUUUAGUUCCUCCAGAGUUUUCACAGCAUUUUUGGUGGGCUUUUCCAAAUGAUCGAAUUAUUAAAAUUGAAACUAUUGGCUACGAGACAAGGCUUAAGAUGUUGGAAGAAAUGGAAGGCAGAUUUGCAACUGUUGCUUUAGAAGACGUCUUAGUUUAUUAUUUGCAAAAUAAUUUGAGAAACGGAACUGAAAUUGUAGUUGUACCCGAAGUUAUUAACAAUUAUCAAUUUGUUAUGCUUUUGCCAAAGCAUUCAAUUUAUCAGUCGAUUAUCAAUAGAAAGAUAAAGAGGUUAUUUGCUGUAGGAUUAAUGGCUAAAUUGGGUGCUGAGUUUACAAGGUGGGAUCCAUUAAUUUUCAAAUAUAUAGAACAACAACAACGAGAGAUGAUUCCGCUGCGUAAUAAGCGGUUAUAUGCUUUGUAUGCUAUUUGUGGAAUAUUGCUAGGAAUUUCGUUGGUAAUAUUUUGUUUGGAGAUCCUUUCAGUUUAUGAUAGAAGAUUAAUAAGAAUAUUUGCUUGAAUUUUUAUGGUACUAAGUUUCAUGAAUUAAAGAUAUUUUAUUAUUUAAC